AUGGGAAUUCCCGGAGACCUCGAGAGAAGUCAAGAGAACAAGAGACAAAGAAACCAUCAUCUCGAGCCAAAUACUAUACAAAUCCUAACCACUCUUGUCUACGUCAGCCUUCUGAAGGAAAUCGGUAAAGGCGAACGCAUUGCUCUCUCCCGCCUCUCCAUUGAGCAUCUGCAGAAACACUCCCGCCCGCUCCGAAUCGCCAUUGACGCAGCAAUCUGGAACUUCCAGACUCAGCACGGCGGACAAGGUGGGAAAAACCCGGCCCUUCGAACACUCUUUUAUCGUCUCAUCAGGUUGCUCGCGCUACCCAUCCAGCCCGUUUUUGUCUAUGAUGGGAAGAACAAACCCCUCACGAAAAGGGGGCGGACCGUGUCGAGAUGGCACGGUGGAUGCACUGAAAGCGAGAUGUCGAAGGUUUUAAUUUCUCUGUUUCGGUUCCCAACGCAUGUGGCGCCCGGGGAAGCUGAGGCGGAGUGUGCGAUGCUUCAGCGGAAAGGCGUUGUGGAUGCAGUUAUGACGCAGGAUGUUGACGCAAUCAUGUUUGGCUCUGGCCUCACCUUGAGAGAUUGGUCGAAAGAAGCCAAUGGGAGGAAAGGGAACAACACUCCCACGCACGUCAACGUUUUGGAUUUGGCGCGGGUAAAUGAAAUGAGCGGGUUAGAUCCCGAGGGAAUGAUCUUGGUAGCGCUAUUGAGCGGUGGUGAUUAUGAUGAAGCUGGCGUCGCCGGCAUUGGAUGUACGUUGGCAUGCGAGAUCGCAAGGGCAGGGUUUGGGAACGACCUUUUGGAACUAAUCAGAAACGGGGAUGAAGAUGGGAUUAGGGACUGGAGGGAGCGACUGCAGUUCGAGCUGGAGGCCAACGAGAGCGGGUAUUUCAAGAUGAAGAGGAAAUCGAUUCGGAUUCCAGACAACUUUCCGGAUAGGAAAAUACUGGGAUAUUAUAUGAACCCGGCGGUGACGCCGCCAGAGGAAUUGAAGAGCUUGGAAAGCAAAUGGGUGAACGCUUGGGAGGCCGAGGUCAAUAUCCGAGCCCUACGCGAAUAUGUGGCUGAAAUGUUCGAAUGGCUGUAUAAGCCGGGUGCUUGGAAGUUUGUUCGUGUCAUGGCGCCAGCCCUACUUGCAAACCAGUUACGACGCGGUACUGCGCCAUCAAACAUCACAUCUGUUGAGCAAAUCACCGAACGCAGGCAGCAUUUCGUGAGUGAUGGAAUCCCAGAGCUCAGGAUCACGGUAAUCCCCGCCGAGGUCGUCGGGCUUGAUCUCGAUGCCGAAGAGGACAGCCCAGAGUAUCUGCAACUGCUUGCUGAGGAAGAGAAUGAAGCAGGAGCGGCAGAAACAGAACAUGGAGGGAUCGAGGAGAAUGCUCCUCUCAGCCCAUGCAAGAAGCGCAAAUCGCCUCCUUGGUUGCCUGACGCGCCAGAGAAGAUGUGGAUUGCACAAACGAUUGUCGAACUCGGAGCUCUAGAGCACGUCGAGCGGUGGAAACAAAUCCAGUCCGACCUUGACAACGAUCCCAAGAAAUUUGCGACACGGAAGUGUCAAAAGCAAAAGGAGACGAAAAAGCUGAAAGCGGCUGGAGGUAUGCAGCAAGGAGCUCUUUUGAGCUAUGUUGUCGCUGCAAACAAAUCCACCGAGCCCAAGGUACACAACGCAAAGUCCAUCGCAUCGCCUCCUCGCCCAAGGGCAAAUAUGAGUGCACCUCGGAUGGUCAAGUCUCCCACCAAGCUCGAAUCCAGCCUGCGAGUUCAACACCCGGACUCUCCGACAAUGCUGGACUUCUUCAAGUCCACCAAGAGUAGUCAACUAUCCGACCUUGUCAGAACCAGUAUCAACAAUGGCGACGACCCAUUCAUCCUCGAUGAUGAAACCCGAGGCGACAAACAUUCAAGGCCCUCGAUUUCAAGCUCGUCGGAAGUGGGACGGCGGAUUGUGCAGAGCCCAGCCCAGCCCCAUGGAAAUGGGUCCCGAUCGAUUUCGCAAAACGCGACACGGUCCAAGCCGAAAGAUUUAGCGUCAGUGACACAAUCAGACUCCACCUCUUCGCCAAUGCAGAGAGACCUCGACUCGACAGUGGACCGUCAGAAAGCAGAAGAAGCCUUGGAUCUGGAGAAUAAACUCGGCAAUGUCACACGGCGCACUCCAAAAAGACGAGCGAAAAAGUACGGAACCCUCGCCGAAAAUGAAUCACCGAAUGAGAGCCCAGCCCGACCUCAACGACGUGUCGCAAGCUUCUUUAAGCCAUAUGUACGGGCGAAAGCACCACCAGUGGAAGUGGCAUCAUCCGAAGAUAUACAUCCGGCUGGAGUCCCGCCCAAGCUCCCCCCACGGCCGUCGAAAACUUCCUCUGCCACCACACACAUCCAUGCAAUUCCCCGGUCGAGCCUCCCAGGCACCUGGAAAGAAGUCGACUGUGAAUCGGGCCCGAGUUGCCAAACUGAUCCGUCCUUGCCAUCUCGCCCUCCUCGGGUGAGUAUCGUUGACCUGACCACCAACUGA